AUGGAACAUGUUCGUGUGAAUACUGUAGAGGCGCGGAUACUUGAUUACGCUGAGAUCUGCAUCCAAAGAAAGGUUACUACCGGGAUUACGAAGGACACGUAUCAAAAAUAUAAUCCUCUCAGGUGGAAUAAUCAAAUUCUAUUCCUUACCUUCUCUGAUCAUCCAUAUAAUUCCUUUGGCUUUCCAAGAUCGUCGCCAUACUUAUUAAUCUACACCGUCAUUUCUUCCUGUAUUGCCAUUCGUAUCAACAUCUUAAUUCCCUGCUGCAAAUUAGGAUCCCUCGACUCCAGCAUCACCAUGCAAUACCGACCGCCGCCGGGAAGCCACUCCAGCAGCAGCACCACCACCACGGCCAACAUCCAACUCCAACAGCCGCCAGAGCGCGCCGACAUCAAGUUCGAGGGCCUGCAGGCAGAUCGGCCGACACCGCCAGCUAUGUGGCUGGUAGCCGCGCUCUGCACGCUCCUCUGGCUCGCCGUCAUCCUCGGCGGCCUCGCCGUGCUGAUCGUCUACCUCGUCUUCCGGCCGCGGACCCCUCUGCUGGAGAUCGUGAGCGGCACUCUCAAUGGGGCCUACCUGGACGUGGGACCGCGCCUGAACGUCGACCUGACGCUGCUGGUCAACAUCUCCAAUCCCAACGCCAAGGUGCACGUGACCUUGAGCUAUCUGCAGCUGGAUCUUUACUUCGACGGCGUGUUACUUGCGACGCAGGGUGUGGAGCCGUUGGAGGAGAGCGCGGGGGAGGCGGUUCUUCGGAGCGUGCACAUGGUGGUGAGCGAGGUGGUGCUAGGGACGAAGGCCGCAGAGAAGUGGCAGGAAGAGGCGCAAGGGGGUGGCACUGGCACUAACAAGGGGGUGGGGAUGCAAGUGGUGGGGAGGUUCCGGUCAAGGUCGGUGCUCAGCGGGUGGAUGCGUUACAGCUAUUGGCUGCAUCGCCGCUGCAAUAUACUCGUCGACGGGCCGCCCAACGGAGCGCUCAUCGCAAGUUCCUGCGCCUCCAAGCACUAG